UCUUUUAGUUAUAAGUUAUCGCAAUCUGAGAUACUGUUGGUAUUAUAUUCUGAACUUUAGACGUUCUCCUUACAGUCGCAGACCGUUGCUUUAUGCUGUGAGGAUGAUUUCAAAAAUCUGCUUCGUGCUUUUGUUGGCACUUCCUGCUAGUUUUGCUGAGGAUAAGUGUCCAAACAUUAUCGGUAGAACCCAGUGGACCAAUGUCCCCGCUGGAGAUGUCAACUAUUUAAUAAUACCAAUACCUUACGUGAUAAUACAGCAUACGACAACCAACACAUGUAAUACGCGUGAGACAUGUACAGCUCGUGUUAACAGCGUUCGAAGACACCAUAUGGAUACACUUGGCUGGGAUGACAUUCGUUACUCCUUCUUGAUUGGCGGUGAUGGAAACGUAUACGAAGGACGCGGAUGGACACGCGAAGGAGGACACACAUACGGAUAUAAUAAAGAAUCUAUCGGUAUAGCUUUCAUUGGAAAUUUUCAGAACAAAGAAGCUAGUCAGAACAUGUUAGACAUCGCACACCAAUUAAUUAAAUGUGGAAAAUCCCAACAUAUCCUUCGAAACAAUGUACGCGUGCUCGGUGCACGACAGGUGACCGCAUCAACUGGUCCUGGAAAUCAACUCUACACCCAGAUCCAAAAUUGGCCUGAAUGGAGUAGUGAACCAUAGACGAGUGUUUGGGAAGUGAAUGUUUUUGAUUGAAUAAAGAUAGUAUUUAUGCAAAGAAAGCACGUUUUUCGCAAUAUUGCAGGAUAGUUGGUAACAUGACCAUAAAUGGGCAAUUUUUGGGGUAGGGGAUAUUGCCAUCCGUGGACGGCAAAAUGGGCAAAAUCAAUAUUCUCGUACGGUUCACCAUGCGCACUUUUGUCACGUGACUUCAUGCCUCCCCUGACCAGGAGACUUCGCUGCCUGCACCCCUGACAGAGGGCUCUGCCCCCUGGACCAUCGCUGGAGGGGGAGGUUGCCCCCCCAGACUCCCCCUCGCUGCGCAACAUAAUUGGAGAUGUUGCAAUACUCUUCUGCGGUGUGACGCAAAAAAGCGUACUUUCUUUGCAUAAAAUACCGUAUACACUGUGGAGCCGAGCGCGUUCUCAACUUCGGACGCUGUUUUCAGUCGAGAACGGCAAAACUCGGGGAUACAUAAUGUACUAUUGUUGAAGAUUGUGCGUGAAUCGGCCAGCUUGUGUAUAAAAGAUACUUUAUUAUAUGUAUAAGUACAGAAAAUACAAUGAUACUUUCCGAAAGGAGGAAAGGAACUUUAAAGUGAGAGCGAACGCGUUAGACAAAGAAAGAAAGAUGGCGCGGGCAAGUAAUUACAAAGGUAGACAUUAAAUUGCGCUAUUCUCGACAAUAUUUAAGUUUCAUAUCAAACAAGAAAUUUUUAAUUGAUUUAUUUCUAUGCUAUAGCAAAAAAUCUUAAUCGUUCUAUUCUCUGCUUUUGUAGCAAAAAGUUUUUUAACGAAUUUUUUUUAAGGGAUUAAGCUACAGUAGAAUUAAAAAAAAUUAGAAAUUUUUUUGGCUUAAAUAAUACUUUAAGGUCUUAACAAUAAACUACAAAAUGUAUCAUAAGUAAGAAAAGCUUUGUAAUAGAUAUUAAGCUCUGUUAUAACUUAUUAAACACUAAUUGAAACUUGAAACACGUUGUGAGGCUCAAAAGCUACAGUGUACUGUAACUUUCAAGCGUCAUAACUCAAAAAAUACUUAACAAAAAAAAACUUUCUUGUAAAGUUUUGGAAAGCUUUCAAAAGCGACUACAAGAAAGUGCAAUAAAAGAUAUAAUGUUAGAGUA